AUGUUUCAACGCAUCGGAGGCAACGCUCUGCGAUGCACCGGGCGCAGGCCGAUUGCUCGGAGAAGGCUUUAUGACCGCAAAUUCUCCGCCUAUACAACAAACGCCAGCACGGUUGCGCCCUCCACUGCCUCUCCUUUGGGUGCAAUUACGGUUGAAUUGGAUCGAGUGGCGCCUCGGUUUGAGGUUCCAGCUUCCAAAGUUACUAUUUUAGAUUCCCCUGCAAGUUUCUAUAGCACUCUCAAGGAUAAGAUACGGAAUGCCAAAAAACGCAUCUACCUCUCUACUUUAUACAUAGGCAAAGCGGAACAUGAGCUUAUCGAAACCAUAAACCAGGCGCUUCGGGAUAAUCCCAAGCUCAAAGUAUCCAUCCUCACCGAUGCCCUACGAGGGACUCGGGAGACUCCAAAUCCUUCUUGCGCUUCUCUCCUAGCAUCUCUGGUUGCUGAACAUGGACCAGAUAGGGUUGAUAUUCGGAUGUUCCACACGCCCAAUCUGACGGGACUGAGAAAGAAAUGGAUUCCUCGGAGGAUCAACGAGGGCUGGGGCCUUCAGCACAUGAAGCUGUAUGGCUUUGAUGAUGAGAUUAUUCUCUCUGGAGCGAACCUCUCGGAAGAUUAUUUCACCAAUCGUCUGGAUAGGUACCAUGUCUUCCAGGACAAAGAACUGGCCGAUUACUAUGCGGGAAUACAUGACGCUGUGUGCAGCCUCAGCUUUCAGGUUCUACCGGAUCCACAUAAUGCUUCGGGAUACCUCCUGGAUUGGCCGACGUCCAACGGCGCCCCUUGUCCCUUGGAUGAGCCGGAAGAAUUCAUUUCCUAUUCAACAACUGUCUUGCACCCCCUCAUCCAGCCUCCCUCUAAAACCAAGCCAGCGCCUGAAUGGAGUUCGUCGAGUCAAACACUCGUAUACCCUGUGGCUCAGUUCACUCCGCUGUUGAAGCCUGAUACGUCUACGGAGUUCCCCGCGGUUACCGCUAUUUUGCGCCUUCUUUCUACUUCACAUGUCUUCUCUGGUGCCCGCUGGCUCUUCACCGCUGGCUACUUCAACAUACAUCCGGUCCUUUCUUCUCUCCUCAUAGCAAGCACGUCCACCUCUCACACCGCCUCGACUACCCGAGGUACCGUGCUUACUGCUUCCCCGUGGGCGAAUGGAUUCUAUGGCUCUCCGGGAGUUUCUGGCAUGCUCCCUGCCGCCUAUACACAUCUUUCAGCCAAGUUUCUAGACCGAGUCGCAGAGGCACAGCGCACAAACUCCAUCCAGCUCAAAGAAUGGCGACGCGGGACCGUCGGGGAACCAGGAGGUUGGACUUAUCACGCCAAGGGGUUGUGGAUAACUCUGCCCAAGGAAGAACACCCCAGCAUGACAUUUGUCGGAAGCAGCAACUACACGAAGCGGAGCUACAGCCUGGAUUUGGAAGUCGGCGCGCUGGUCGUGACCAAUGACCAGGAAUUGAAACGGAAAUUGGGGGCUGAGACCGAUUGGUUGCAAAAAGAUUCUCAAGCCAUCUCGCGCGAGGAUCUACGGCGGACCGAAAGACGAGUCUCUUGGAAGGUACGAUUGGCGAUGUGGAUCGUUGAAAAGGUUGGGGGUGCUCUAUAA